UGAAUUCAGCAGCAUAUGUGAUAACAAGACUGAUAUAGUGUUGUUCAUCCAGAUAAAGACAUGCUAACGGGAAUCCUUCUUUUGAUUUUGCUGCCUCCCAUGGUAGCACAGGACCUCUGUAAAGAUGGCAAAGAAGGAUAUAAAGUCAGACUCAGCAUUAAGACGGCCCUAGGAAAUGAUGCUUACGAGUGGAAUGAAAGUGAGAUGUUUUUCUUCAGAUCGACUCUGGCGUUUUCGAUGAGGAAAUACUUUAAACAAGAUACAUAUGACAUUUCAAACAUUCUGGUAUGCCAUGAGACACAAAGAGUGUCGUUCGUGUUUGUGGUGACAUCCCCAGUGAAUCGAACCCAGCUGAUCCCUAAAGAGGAAGUAGAACAGGCAGUGAGGCUGAAUAAGCAUCGGAUCAACAAUGCGUUCCUGUUGUCGGACAUGACUUUGGAGUUUGUGGGAAUCCCGCCGACGCUCGCAGCCCCGAUUACAUACUCCACUCCCCCCUGGCUCAUUGUGUUCGGGGUGGUGAUUGGGGUUGUGGCUGUGGGUAUUUUAUCUUUACUCAUGUCCUCGGUCACCAAACGGAGAAGAGCUAAAGAGAAGGGUGUUGGGCUUGGUGAAGAGGAAGAGGGAAGAGAAGCAUUGCCCAAAGAGAAUGGAACAGCACUUGGGAGCCUUGGAGAUAAAGAUGGCGUUUACAAUCAAGGAUUCUCCAACGAAGAUCGCAUCACAACGCUGUAGAACCUAUCGACUAUCACGUCGCACCUCUAAAGUGCUUUAAAUAUGAAAAAUUAAGAAUAUUAAUUUAUAAUGUUUUGAGUACUUUAUUUGAUUAUUUAUAUAAUAAUAAUAAGAAGAAGAAGUUCGAGUUGAAAGCAAAUACAGGAAAGAAAAUUGUUCUGAUCAAACCGUUUAAUGGGGUCUGUCGUUGAAAUGACAGCACUAAAAGGUAAACCAUUGCUUGUUUACUCAGAAAGACAGUUUAAUGAAUUAUCAGAAAGAAUCAAUAAUCUAUGAACAGACCCACACGCUUUUAACUAGUAACAGUGUGUAAAAAAUUACCAUAUUGGGCAUUAGCUGUAAUAUCAUAGAGCGCAACAGUGCGCGACCACUUUUUCAGCCGUCGUGGUUCCGGAAUUAUUUUCCCACUCAUUUUUCUAUAGGGAUUUCAUAAAAGCCUUCACAAAAGAGUCCUAAGCCAUGAACAAAACCAACCAGCUCCAAGGUGAAUCACAACCUCACACUGUACACCCUAAUCCUCAACAUAAUUAAAUGUUUAAGUAGGGAAAAAUGAAAUCAUACUAAUUAAUUUAGAACUUGUUUAGAACUUUCUCUUUCUUUUGAGUUCCCGAAACUGACGUAUUUGAAGGAACCUGAAUUGUUUUAUUGUCAUGAGUUGAAUUAACUUUUAACAUGGCACUCGACAGACAAAGUAUAUGUAAUGAAGUAUUUAAAUUGAAAUUACUUGUUAAUUUUAAGUUCAGCCAAAGAGUUAAAUUCAAUGUUAAGUGCCAUCACGUUAACUUACUCAAUAUUUCAAGUUAAGAACAAUAAACAUGCAUGCAAGAAGUAAUUCCACAUGCAAACACAACCAUGACUAACGCGCGUUUCACACAUACUCCGUGUGCAGUGCGUAUGCGGUCCGUCUGCGGUGCGUAUACGGCACAGGAGCAGCACGCGCUAUAGUGCUUUUCACGUAUGCUGCGUUUGCAGUGCGCUACUGAUCCACAGUUUCUGUGUGCCACGAAAUCAAAAAUGUGUAAGGAAACGUUAACUUUGAGAUUGUUUAAGGCAUUGAAACAGUAUGAAAAUUCAUUUUAAUCAUUGUGAUUCUUUGUUUUACAUGUAGUUCGAGUUGUUGACAGAAGAAAAUCUGUCAUGCUAUAUCUGUUGCUAAGGAGAAGAAUGAGACGCAUUUGCGUUCACUCUGUCAUUUUUUAGGGUAAAAAAAUCAUAUAUGAUGGCAUUUUGCAACUUUUGGGACUAUAAUCAUACUUUUUAGUUUUUCUUGACCCUGUAAUUUAGUAACUGUAGAACACAUUAACUGAAAUUAUGCGUAUAUGAUGACAUUAUUUCAGCUUCUUGACAAUCUAUGUCUAUUUUAAUGUGAACAAUGUGCUGCCACUUUAAUUCAGUGCGGUGCAGCACAGCAAAAAUAGACUCGGUCCGUAAACUAUCGCUGCACUGCUGUAUACGCACCGCAACUGGAACGGAUCGACGGACUGCAUCCGCGUGCAGUGUAAAAGCUCUAACCUGUUAACAUGGGUACGGAAAAAAAUACGCACAGCAUAUGCACUACAAACGGAGUAUGUGUGAAACGGGCGUAAAGGUUUGCAUAGCAUGCAGACAUGCAGACAUGAUCUUAGUCAUGAGAUUUCACAGAAUGAGUGCCUUAUGACUCAACGGGUCUGCAUCAUUGAGUUUGUGUUAUUUACUUGGCGCCAUCUCCUGGUGGCCAUAUGUAACAUCGGGAUUCAUGUGGAUUAUCUAAUGAUCUUUGCAUUCAAUGACCUUGUGUGUGGGCUCGUUUGAAAGAUAAUCACCUCCUCUAAGUAAUGCUAUGUGGCAUUUUAUGAUCUGUGAACUUCUCGUGAAGUUAUAAGCAAAAACCUGGCAUACAAUCAACACCAACAUAAUUGUCAAAGAAAUAUAAUUUGCUAUUACUCGCUAUAUUUACUCGCUUAUCUGUGAGUAAAACAAAUAGGCUGGUUGUAUUCUACUCUUUUAGAGCUUUCCAACAACAUAUGACUAUAGACUGUAAAAAAAGAUGGACGACGCCCCUUCGCUCUUUUCUAUUGGUGAGAACUGAAGCCGCCAGUGUCCCGAUAUGGCGCUGACAUCUUGGGACUUGAGUCUGCGCAGUUGCGAUUUCGGGACCAGACCUGCACAGUAGUGAGCAGGAAGUAAAGCUGCGAAAUCAAGGCCCCGCCCUCACUCUCGCUGAAUCAAUCGCAAGCACACGCCCCUGCACUUUUGACUUUUGACUUAUGACGGUGUGAAAUAAUUAAUUAUAGAAAUUUAUAUAUUACAUUUAAAGCUCCAAUCUCCUCAGUCCUCGGAAGAUCCCGAAAAAAAGUCUGUUGGUGCUUCAGUGACUACUUCACUCAGAGAACCUGUCAAUCAAAGCUGUCAAUCAUGUCACAGCACCGUUUUUAUAGCAUCAAAUAACUAAAAACAAACUUAUUUUGAAAACAAACACUUGAAAUUACAUCAACGUGAUAGAAACUACAGUAAAUGACAGAAACUAUCUUUGGAAAAAAGAUAUGUGAAGUGUAAUUUAAUUGUUUAUUUGGUCUCACGUCCCGUUGAAUAACAUGGGGAGGCGGGGUUUAUGACCUAUACUAGGACCAGUCUCCGGGGGGCGAUCGAGACAUUUUGGCUUCACUUUUGAGGGCUUGUGCGGCACACUUGGCUAUUUGAUGAAUCUGAUAUUUUUACAGAUUGCAAUAUGUAAAAUGUUUUAAUUUUUGUAUUGUUAUUAUUAACAAAACACUUCUGAUUCAUUUCUGAACUUCUGCAAAUUUCAAAACACUUGUUCAGUUUUGGUCAUAUUACCUGCAUGCAUUGGAAAGUAGAGCUUCUAGGCUUUCAAACAAUACUUAUUUUGUGUUGGUCAAGACUGUAGUUAAUUAAUAAUUUGACAAUGAUAUAUUUUUCUUGCGGGGCCCAUUCGAGCUUAAAGGUUUAAUGAGGGAAUGAACUACAGUCUAAUGAAGCAUUGCAGAUGACAUAAUCAAAAUAAAACAGUUUUUAAUUAAUAGUUUAAUAAAAUAUUCAGAUAUUUCAGGGAGACUCGAUUGCGUCAUUUGCAGUGAGUCAUCAUAGGAGUGGGCGGUCACUGCAGAGCUCUUUUGGUGCGCUUUGUUUGCCGCAACUCUCUGAUUGGUGGAUCUUGGGUAGUGCAGUUCUCCGUUAUUAUACACAUUUAUUUAAUUUAAGUGGAAAUAACGUGGAGCAUAUACUAUCAAUUAACAACCAAAGAGCUCACAUUAGGUCUAUCGUUAAAAGUUUAUAAGAUAUUGUUACGAAUGUACUCCCCUAUGGAGAAAAUGAAUGGGAUGUGUACAUCCAGAACCAGACUGCUGCACUCCAUUGAUUAGAAUGGAGUGGGAAAACAUUAGAUGUUGAGCUUCUGAGAACAUUUCCCUCAUGAGAUUAAAAGCACAGGACUUCACACAGGGCUACUAUCACAGGGAGAUACCAGAUACCAGAUUACUAUUCAAAGAAGGCUCUUUUAAUUACUGUACUGACGCCAUGCACAGAGAAUACAUUGCAAUACAAUAUCAAUCACCUGGAAGCAUGUUAGGCGUUCAUGAGCCACCAAAACAGUGGUCAAAUAUUGCAUGUUUAGUUAGAUAUUUACAUCUCACAUGACACAAACACUCUUAACCUGAACUGUUAGCUGAUGCACGGCUCUGGAAUAAUCCACGAGGUUCCCGCUUAGCAUCUUAAACUUGAGUCCCGCCUUCAUCGAUUUGAUUGGCUAUCUCAGAUGACAUUGACGAGCGGUGUUAGACUACUGAGCACGAAUGAAACUUUUGAACCCAUUAUGUUACUCCUGCAACAACUUCAUGACAAUUAGACAGUGUUUUAUAAAAGACUGCAGCAGAACAGCACCAAGGAUAUCAAUUAUUGGAGGGGACAAUCUGGCCAUAUCUGAUUAUUGGGGGGGACUUGUCCCCCUCAGAGUAUAUUGUGGUUACGACCCUGCCAGCACCCAAAUGAAUAACAAAUGCUCAUUGUAUUGAUGUGCUUGUUUGUUUUACAGUCAUGCAUAAUGUCAUUUUCAUUUUGAUGAUCUGCCAGCAGGAUUCUGUGUUUUCAAUUAUUGCAUUUAAGUACAUUUAAUUGACUGUGUCUAAUCUAAACGCACAAUCGUCUUCAUGAAGCAUGUCACGGCCUAAAGCUGCCUGUGGUUGAUAUUUGUUACCCCUGCUUUUACCAAAAGGACAAUUAUGUUUAAAAUUCUCAUUUAUUUUUCCAUUUUGAAAUGCUGUAUUGCUCAAAUUACAUUGGGUGUACCCACUUUCCAUGUAAUUUCACAAGUCUAACAGGAUGUUAAAAUGAGAAAAUGAGUCAAGGUAACACUUAUGCAAAUGCUUGUUUUUAUAUUAAACCAAUAAAAGAGUUAUUGCUA